UAAAUAAACAACAUGCCAAUCAAUAAUGUUCUCCUAACUCUGUGCUGGAACAUACUGUUGUUAUUUCCAGGUUUGGAGUCAGACAUUAUGAAGACACUUUUGGUGGUUUUGAUGAUUUUGGGAAGGGGGUGCUGCACCGAAACACAUGACCAAAUUCUAUCCAUAACCCCAAAAACACAGGGUCAGGUGGAGACCUUGAAGAAUAUUUCCACCCAAUUUGAGACAGUCUUAUGGCAGCCAGUUGCACCUGGUUACAUUAAUCAAGAGGACCAGGUCCACCUGUUUGUCCCUGCAAACAGCUCACAGACCGUCAAAGAUUUGCUUCAGAAAGACGCUAUAACAUAUGAGGUUUUGCUGGCCAACACCAAGGAGUUGAUUGAACUCCAGAUGAGGAACGAGUCCACAGAUCCACGAAGCAGCUCAAAUUACUAUGAGAAAUAUCACAGUCUGGAGGACAUCUAUUACUGGAUAAACAGGACCACACAGGAGCACCCUAGCAUGGUCAAAGUCCUUCUCAUCGGCUCCUCGUAUGAGAAGCGACCGCUCUACGCUUUGAAGCUGUCUGUGGGCGAAACACCCAAUAAGAAAGCAAUGUGGAUUGACUGUGGGAUCCAUGCCCGAGAGUGGAUCUCCCCUGCUUUCUGUUUAUGGAUUGUGCAGUAUUCUUUGUCAUUUUACAGGAAAAACUAUGACAUCACUCAAAUACUGGACAACAUGGACAUCUAUGUCCUGCCCGUUAUGAACCCUGAUGGAUACAAGUACACGUGGACUACCGACCGGAUGUGGAGGAAGAAUCGCUCCUUGAGUAAGGGUAGCACGUGCAUCGGAGUCGACCUCAACAGAAACUUUGAUGCCAACUGGUGUACGGAGGGAGCCUCCCAUGAACCCUGCGAUGAAAUCUACUGUGGCGCUUUCCCAGAGUCAGAACCAGAGUCACAGGCUGUGGCCGACUUUCUGCGCAGUCACAAGGAUUCUGUUCAGCUCUAUCUCACCAUUCACUCCUAUUCGCAAAUGCUGCUCUUCCCCUAUUCCUGCACCAUUGAGGAGGCGGACAACCACAAUGAACUGCUUGAGAUGGCCAAAGAAGCAGCUCUGAAAAUCAGACGGUAUUAUAGAAAUACCUACAAAUAUGGUGCUGGAGCAAAGACAAUAUAUCUGGCUCCUGGUGCUUCUGAUGACUGGGCUUACAAACUGGGAAUGAACUACUCCUUCACGUUUGAGCUCCAGGACCGCGGUCAUUAUGGCUUCCUCCUGCCCCCGUCUCAUAUUGCCAGAGCCUGCAAAGAAGCUCUGAUUGCUGCCAAGAGCAUUGCUCUCAGUGUCAUAGAGAAAACAAGAGAUCCAACAAACCCUCUUGAUGGGCUUCAAACUAUCUAAACAUCAUUGUCUACCAGUAACGCUGUGAGUUUUAUAUUUUUAAACUGUUGUAUGGAUGAAAAUGUUAAUGCAAAUGUUUUAGUUUCAGUAAUAAUCAGUUGUACAUGCUGAUAUGCAUCAGGGCUGGGGGUGAUAACUGAAUGUCUGAGUUCAGUGACUGAACUCGCACUGUAGUACACGCACUGACUUAUUAAUUUGUAGUCCAUUUUACUGGGACUCUCAUCUUCACUUCAUGGCUGUCUUUUCAACAGUCUGUCAAUGUGAAUGUUGGACUGUCAAUAGAUGCUUUACUGCAACUUUCCUGUCACUGCAUGUUCUGACAAUCCUGUGUUUUCCUUUUGUUCUACUAUGUAAUAGUACCCGUGGACGUAAAGCCAGUAAGAGAUACAGCAGUCUGACAUUUGACUCCAGUGGCCCUGACCUUUAUCCAAAUGUUUGACCUGUGGUUGGCCAUGCCAGGACAGUUCUGGGAAAUCAUCUACAUGUGCACCACAUUUAGUCCAAAUCGGGUUAAAAAUCAAAUUCCUUGACCUUUGCUGAAGUAAAUUCUUUAACGGCAAUUUUGGGGUCAACCUUCAAUGACUCAUUAAGGUUGGUAUAAGUCAGCAGAAGGUCUUGGGUGGAGUAGGCUAACAGACAGGCAGUCAUGAUCUUAACCCCAAUGAUUGCCCUUUGGCCAAUUUGACCUUGCUUGGCAAUUCUGUAACCCACCUCCAAUGUGUGCCACGUAAGGCACAAAUCAAGGUGAAAAACUUGAAUUUUGAACUUUGACCCCAAUGGCCCUGACUCCAAUGAUUGACCUUUGGAAAAAAAAUUUUUAUCUCACCUGGACAAUUCCAGGACAGACUCACAUGUA